AUGACUCAUUAAUUUUGGAAACUAAAAGAUGCAGAUACGAAGAAAUCAAGUAUAUUGUCCUUAACCAUCAAUGCUAACACUUCACUCGAUUGGUUUGUACUCAGUGUCUAGAUGAGUUCUAAUUAGAUUACUAAAGACAUGGAAUCCAAGAAUUAUCCAAGGUAUUAGUACACAUCUAUCUAGAUUGAAUAAUAAUUGUGUAAAAUAUUCUUUCCUUUAAUCAAAGAUGAGAAUGUCAAAUAAAUGAUAUUUGAUUUCUAUCAAACAGAGUUCUUCACUAUUGCAGAUCAAUAUCAAAAACUGAGGGAAAUCUGUAAGAACACCAUAGAUCUGAUACAGAGCUUGGUUAACAAAUUGGAUGUCUUGAUUCAAUAAGUCAAACUCAAGCAAAUAGUAUUUGUUUAAUAAACCUUCCAAUUCCAUAAGAUAAAAGACCUCUUUACUGAUUUACAUUAAGUCAAAUCGAAAGACAUCUCCUCUAUAAUUCAAUAGAAAGUGACUGACUAUUUCAGAUACAUAAGAAAAUUAACACCUGAGCAGGUUCACAUCUAGAUUCAAUAAUAAAAACAAGAGAACUCAUCCGAUAUUGAGUCUCUUUAGGUGGAUGACAUGAUCACUUCCUAUUAGGCAAUCAUUACAGCAAUGAGAGAUUUGGAAUUGCGAAAGGUUUCUAAGAUUCCAAAGCCAGUUCAUCAAUAGGGAUGUGGUACGUUGUUAUAAACACUAGAACAAAUUAUUAGCAAAAAGCACAAUGAAUAACUGAAGGCUGAGUUGGUUUACAAUCAUAAAGUAGAUUAUGAAAAAGUACAAUUUUGGUAAAAUUUGACUGGUUAACCAAAUACUCUUGUCAUUUGCAAAUAAAAGAACUCCUAAUACUUUGGUGGUUACACUCCGUCUUAAUGGCAAUAUGGAUUUCCUGGUAAAGAUCCAGAUCUUAUUACAUUCUUAUUCCAAUGUCAUGGAUAGGAAUUGAGAGUACACACUAUCAAUAGGGAAUUAAAAUAAAGAGCAAUAAAUUGUGGAGUGAAACAAAUGGAAUUUGGAUAGAAGAAUUUGGUGAUAUCGACAGAUUUUUAGAGAGUUGAAAUGAAAAUAUUCCCAGGAUUUUCUGAAUAACCAGACAAAUAUCAUGUAUGUCAAACCAUAACAGAUGAAUAAGAUAUCUUUAAAGUAUAUGUGUUAAAAAAAAUCUCUUGA